UCAGUCUCUCUAUCUUUCACUCUCUGUCUCACUCACUCUUUUGAGCCCGCUCGCUUGUUGGCAUGAGCGAUCUUGACGCAGUCAAACGCCAGCACCGCUUCAUCUGGCGCGAUGAUGACCGGCUUGCUUCAACUGGCGCUGCAGCUGCUGCUUCAGCUUCGACUGGUGCUGCUGAAGGAGUGAUGACGGCGCGGAUUGCAUGGGAGCAGCGACUGGCCGCCCGCUUCUACGAUCGACUCUUCAAGGAGUACUGCCUCGCAGACUUGCGCUUCUACAAGGAAGGCCGGAUUGCCCUGCGAUGGCGCACUGAGCGCGAGGUGCUUCAAGGCCGAGGCCAGUUCUCGUGUGGCAAUCUCAAGUGCGCGACGACGCCUGCUACAACUACUACUACUACUACGACUACGAUGCCUACUACUGCUGCUGCUAAUAGUACUACUGUGACGACGCAUACCCGUGCCGGAGCUCCAGUGGGAGAUGCUGGAUCAGGCCGCUUGUAUACCUGGGAAGUCAACUUUCGAUACGAGGAGAAGGGCGAAGUCCGCAACGCGCUCGUCAAGCUGCGACUGUGUGGCGGCUGCUCGGACAUGCUCAACUAUCGCAAGCAAUCCAAGCGAGCCAGGUCGCCAGACAGGCUGGACGAAGAUGCAUGGCACGAGAUGCAAAGCUUCAACCCGGCACGACCCCGACGCCAUGACAGCAACCAAGCAGUCGAAAGCAGGUCGUCGUCGUCGUCGUCGUUGUCAGCCGACCACCACUCCGCGAAACGGAGACACCGGCGUCGGCGAAGCGAAAGUGAUGAUAGCGAUUUGGACGAUGAUGCUCCGCUGGCAGACACGGGCCAAAAAUCACAUCGACGCCGGCGAAAAGCACGUCUCGAGCACACAGAUGAGGAAGACAAGAAGGAGGAAGGGCAGGACGGCGAGACUGCUGCUGCAGCAGCCACUGACAGCCCCGAAGAGAGUGCUGCUAGUGGCGCGGAUAUCUGGAGCAAAGCGCCGGCAGUUCAGCAGGAUGAUCGAGAAGAGGCUGCAGCCAACAUUGACAGCUACUUUGCCAGUGUAUUUCACUAGCAGCGUUUCAAGCCUUGUUUUUGAGUCGCAUUGUCCAAUGUAUUUAUUUCUACGACAACCCACAUGAAUAAAAGCGUUUCGCUCGGUGA